AUUCUCCAGCCGCCGACUGCGCACGCGCCCUGCGCCUCCGCGCUCGGUGUGCUUCCGGUUCGAAGGUCACGGGCAAGAUGGUGCCUCCCGUGCAGGUCUCCCCUCUCAUCAAGCUCGGCCGCUACUCCGCCCUGUUCCUCGGGGUCGCCUAUGGAGCCAAGCGCCACAGUUACCUGAAGCCGCGGGCCGAGGAGGAGAGAAGGGUGGCCGCCGAAGAGAAGAAGAAGCAGGAUGAGCUCAAGCGCAUCGAGCGCGAACUUGCCGAAGCCCGCGAUGACAGCAUCCUGAAGUGAGCCUGCCGUGCCCUUCCAGACUCCCAGUGCUCCAAUAAAGGCUCUCCAAUGA